GAUUGCGCAAAUCAAUCGCGAAACAGGAAGUUGAAAACAUCAGCUGAAGAAAAUGGCGAUCGAUAUUGUAACCAAAACUUGAUUUUCACAUUAUUGUUAAGAAUUUUACAGAUGCCGAAAGAAAUUCCAGAUGGAUCAUCAUAAUAUUGUCCGACAAUUUCAAAAUCUUCGAGUGUAUUCAAACUCACGGCUCAUGGGUAUGGAUGAACUGGUGAAGGAUCUUGCAAAUGCACUGGAAGAAUCAGCCUCGCCUGUAAAGAGUUCAAAUCACUCAUUUUCUAACAAACGUCAGUACAAAAAGCGAAAGGGAAAGAAACGCAGGCCACUAUUACUGGGUUGUGGAAAUAUAAGUGAGGCCUCGGAGAGCAGUAUAGAUGAAACUCUUAGGGAUUACUUUGAAAAUUUUACUCAAAACAGUGACUCAGAUGAUAUAGAAAAAAUAACACGGCUGUCCAUGCCUCUGAAUUCUAACUUUGUACCUAUUGUUGAGUCGGAUUCUGUUAAUGAGAGUACAUUUUCCCCAUCAAGACCUCAGAGGCGUAGAAAGAAGUACAAAACAAUGGCAGUAGAUUCAGAAUCGGAAACAAGUAGUAUGAAACCACCAUUAGGAGUUACUGAUCUCAAAUCCAAACCUCUUAAAUCUAGGCCCUGCAUGUCAAACAGCAAGUCCAGUAUGAAAGAAGAUGAUGCCGUGUUUGAGAAUGAUGAAGAAGUAUAUCCUGGGAAAAGGAAGAGAAGCUCCAAGUCACGAGGCGAAUAUUCUUCUAGUUUUAAUUGCAAGGACCAGAAUUACAUGGAAACAGGAAGCAAUAUAGAGAGUAGCUCUGGACUCAGCAGCAGUGAGAGUGACGGGCUGCUUACAAAUGAUGAAGCUCGGGAAGCUGAUGACGAACAAAGUGAUUUUUACUAUGAAUCGGGACCAGCAUGUGGAAUUCCUGGAAUAAUAAAAUGGUGGGAGAAUGGCCAAGGAGAGAUUGAAUCAGAGUCUGAUAGGCACUUUCAGCAAAUUCUCUCAAGCUCAUUAGAACACUUCCCCAAAUCAUCACAGCUGGCAUUCAGAGCCAGAGUUACAAGAAUGAUGGCUAAGUCUGGAAGACCAAUCAGAUUUGGAAGAAGAAAAUUGAAAGAAAAGGGACCAGGGUACUCGUUGUCACGCUUUCUGAAAGAGAGGGAAAAGUGGAACCAUAUACAAGGGCAUUUCCCUUCAAGUUUCAAGUCCAAUGGAAAUGGAGAUAAAAAGAGAUUCCGCAAGACUCCACCCCCACCAAGUCCUACAGAAGAAGACCCAGUUGGUAGUAAACCUAGACCUAUUCCAGAAAUUGAGAUAGGAAACAAGAUGCUGCAAGACAUGGGCUGGAUCCCUGGAAGCAGUCUGGGGACGGAGGGGAGUGGUAUCAGGAUGCCCGUUCUGACGUACCGACGCCCAAAUCGACAGGGGCUGGGCAGCAACACACACCCAUAUAUAAGAAACAUGGACCCUUAAUCCAAGUCUUGAUAUUAACAAAUGUGUUAGCCAAAAAUGACUACUAUAUUUCUUACAUACUUUUUUGUUGUCAAGAAUAGGUAAUUUUAAUCGUUUUAACAUAAGGGUAACUGUAUUUUUAAAUACUUUAAAAUAUAUAUUUGUAUGUUUAAACAAUUUUAAUUGUAAUUUUAGAUUUUAUCAUAAUCACUUCAUUUUAAAACAUCAUAUACAUUUGGCAGCAAAAUUUUACCCAAGCAUGACAAGACAUUAAUUUUGAUGCUAUUAUUAGUAAGAUAUAAAGACGAUAGUGGACAAUAAUCUAAGCAAUUGUUGUUCGAGUGUAACACAUGGUAACAUGAGCUUUAGAUGUUGUAAUUUAUUUUCGUAAUGAAAUAAAUUUUAAUUUUUGAAAAUACAUGAGUGCAUGUCUGUAGGAACUGACGCUUCAUGCUAGCAUACUCUCAUGAAGUGUAUUAGCGCUUCAUGAAAGUACAUGUAUGUCUGCAUGCAGCAUUGCUCUUCAUACCCUCGUGUAUUUUUAAACAUGAAAUUUUUUUUUUCAUAUUUACAUUUUAUUUUAUAUAUGUCAAAAUUCCCAACCAUAAAAUGGAUGUGCUGUUUUUAGCUCACCUCAGCCGAAGGCGCAAGUGAGCUUUUCUGAUAAAAAUUUGUCUGUCGGCGUCGUCAUAAACUUUUCACAUUUUCAUCUUCUUCUCAAGAACCAAACUUGGCCAAAAGCAUCCUUGGGUAAAGGGCUUUCAAGUUUGUUCAAAUAAAGGGCCAUGCCCCAUUCAAAGGGGAGAUAAUCACAAAAAUAGUGUGGGGUAAUUUAAAAAUCUUCUUCUGAAGAACCACUGGGCCAGAGGAGCUGAAAUUUUCAUGAAAGCUUCCUGACAUAGUGCAGAUUCAAGUUUGUUCAAAUCAUGCCCCCAGGGAUUAGAUUGGGGCCACAAUAGGGGAUCAAAGUUUUACAUAGAAAUAGAUAGGGGAAAUCUUUAAAAAUCUUCUUCUCAAGAACCAAUGAGUCAGAAGAGCUGAAAUUUAUAUGAAAGCUUCCUGACAUUGUGCAGAUUCAAGUUUGCUCAAAUCAUGCCCCCCGGGAGUAGAUUGGGGCCACAAUAGGGGAUCAAAGUUUUACAUAGAAAUAGAUAGGGGAAAUCUUUAAAAAUCUUCUUCUCAAGAACCAAUGAGUCAGAAGAGCUGAAAUUUAUAUGAAAGCUUCCUGACAUUGUGCAGAUUCAAGUUUGCUCAAAUCAUGCCCCCCGGGAGUAGAUUGGGGCCACAAUAGGGGAUCAAAGUUUUACAUAAAAAUAUAUAUGGAAAAUCUUUAAAAAUCUUCUUCUCAAGAGCCAAUGAGCCAGAAAAGCUGAGAUUUACAUGAAAGCUUCCAGACAUAGUGCAGAUUCAAGUUUGUUCAAAUCAUGGCCCCCGGGGUUAGGUUGGGGCCACAAUAGGGGAUCAAAGUUUUACUUGAGAAUAAAUAGGGAAAAUCUUUAAAUAUCUUCUUCUCAAUAACCAAUGAGCCAGAAGAGCUGAGAUUUACAUGAAAGCUUCCAGACAUAGUGCAGAUUCAAGUUUGUUCAAAUCAUGGCCCCUGGGAGUAGGUUGGGGCCACAAUACGGACUAAGGUUAUACAUGCAAAUAUAUAUGGAAAGUCUUCAGAUAUGGGUCAAGGUAACUCAGGUGAGCAAUGUGGCCCAUGGGCCUCUUGUUAUCAAGAUUCAUACGUGCAUUGUAUUCAACUGCAGUGCGUUCAUGAGGAAAUGACUAUCAUUACAGUUUGUAAAGAUAUCAAAGGCAAAAAUAUUGGCAAUGUAAACAUUACAUUAUACAUGUAUAUAGCAAAUGCUGAGCAUGUAUUUCUUGGUUUUAACUUGAAAAGUACAUCAGUUUGCAAUUACCAUAAAUAUAUACAUGUGCAUGUACCAUUUACUAUUUACACAUUGUGGAUUUUUGUCAUUGAACCAGGCAAAACUAAAAUGCACAAGCAAAUUCUUUUUGUAAACCAUCUGUUCGUUUACAGUACAAGAACUAACUGAUAUAAGUAUUGAUUUGAAAAGUUUGUUGAUGAAGCGAAACUUAGAAUGUGCACGAUUAGCAUGGAAUUGUGAUAGUAAUUUUAGAAAAAAGGGAUGUGCAAGAAAUCAUUUAAUAUAUAGAAUUUAUAGAUUGUUUUCGUUUUUGAAUUAAUAUUUAGUGUAUGUUUGCAUUUAGGUGCAUUGGUAAAGUGAGGUAGAAAGUGAUUGAAAAUAAAUAUUUUAAAACCUU